AUGGCGCAACGAACCCACACCGAGGGCUGCCGGCCUGGCGAUACCCUCGUCGUAGUGCACGAGUUCCUCGCCCGCAGUCCCGACGAGCUGAGCCUGAGGCGCGGAGACCGCAUCGAGCUGAUUGAGCGCGACGACGACUUUGGCGAUGGCUGGUUUCUAGGCAAGAACACCGAGACGGGAGAGAACGGCCUGUUUCCUGAAGUAUACACACGGCCAGCACCCAAACCGACGCCCAUCCCGACCAUGCUCUCGCGCAAUCCCUCGCAAAUGUCCGUGCAAUCAGAAAAACCAUCGCCUCAGCCCGGCAUGGCCGUUUCUGAGCCGCCGACCACCGCCGCACAGCCACCAGCUUCCACGAGCGCCCCUCCACCUUUAAAGUCUGCACCCACAGAGCCCCUGAACAUCGCGUCGGGACCAGAAGUUGCUCGCCGAACAUCUAUACAAAAUGGCCCGCGGAGCAUCAGCAUGACGUUGAGCGGGGAGGCGCCACCAGAAGACGAGACGAUAGGAAGCCCCGUCAUGCACGAAACGCUGAGCGUCAUCGACGAGCACAUCACGGGCAUGAGCACGCCGCGCCACAGCGCCGUGGGCAAGGAGAUACGGUCCAAUGACUCGGGAAGCGAAUACAGCAGCCACCACCGGCUGUCAUACAUCAACGGGCAGGAAACCGACGAGGAGGAGCAGAGCUGGCACACCGAGGAGGAGGUCAAGACAUGGUCGCCUGCGCGCGUCGCCGAAUACCUCGAGGACGCGGGCGUGGAGAAGAAGCACUGCGAUGUGUUCCGCGACCAAGAAAUCGAUGGCGAGGCGCUGCUGGGCGUGGACCGCAACUUCAUCUUCAUGCAGGAAUUCAAUCUGGGCCCCAUGGGACCACGACUGCGCACGUGGAUGAAGAUUAACGCCUUGCAGUCCGAGGUCAAGAACGCGAAGGAAGCCGAAGCUGCAAGGACGACCCUUCUCCUGCCGCCUUCAGAUAGCCCAGACGAGUUCCCAGCCGAUAUGGGAAGGAGCAGGGCUGCAUCAACUGGGGCGGUCCUUCCUCGCAUACCGACGCUCAGGGAAAGCAUCGGAUCCCGAGGCAACACCAGCCGUCAGCACAUCCCACGUGCAGCCUCAUCCGCCGGCCGAUCGUCUACCAUCGACGCGACCUCUCCACUGAUCCAGCACACGCCCGCCUCACCUACGCCCGGUUCGCCUAGACGACCCUCCGCUGCUUCCGUCCGAAGUAUGAACCACAGCAGACGCCACUCUUCUAUCGAAUACGGGCAGGGACCACCCACGCCUAGUACGCCCAGUUUAAUGAAGCCGCCUACAUCUGCACCCAUGGCCGCCCACGCACACAGGAAGACGCCAUCAUUCGACCGCAACUGGACCAUGGGUUCGACAUCGCUGUCCAAGUCCGUACAAGAUAUCGGCAGACCGGUCUCAUCACAUCACCAUCAUGCUUCAAGUACCAACGGAACUACGUUCGACUUCCGCGAGGCCGGCUUAGGCUCCGGGGAUCUCGACCGCGGCUACUUUUCCGGAGGCGAGGUCGACAACCGCAAGAGUAGCAGGAACGUUCUGCGCAAGAGAGAAAGCGCCGCGAGCCAUUCACGCAAUGCUAGUUACACGACCGAAGGCGCACAGCGCGCGUCGUUCAGUCGCCGACACAGCCGAAUCGGCAGCGCAGAUUCGGCUCUCCGGCCAGCGAGUCCAAUUUCCGCUGCCGCGAAACAGUACUACGGUACCAGCACCAAAAGCGAGCGCAGCUCUAGUGCAUUCGACUUUGUGCGCCCUCUCAAGCCAGCAAGCGAAACGCAUCCAACCGUGACCAAGCUCUCAUAUGAUGCGCACAGCAUUGACGCCAUUGCAAAUUCGCCCCACGUCGCAGGUAGCGAGACCUCAAGCACAGGUCGUGCAUCACCUUCGCCAGCUGCUGUACCAUCUCAUACGCGCUCGUUCUUCAGCAGUAAAAAGGGAUCACAAUCUAGGGGUCUUCGAGCGAUAUCAGACGCGAUAACCGGCGGCGAGAAGGCGAAUUUGAGCUCCGCCGAUGUUUCCACCACACAACACAAGGACUCACCGAUGCAGUCACCCUCGCGGACGGGAUCUAGCACACCCUCUGGAACAUCACUAUCGAAGAGUUUCGAGCUUGAAAAGGCCGAUAACAACAGGCGGUUUACCGCUGGCUCGACCACGCCCAAGGACGCAAAGAAAAAGGCCAAGAAGCAUGGCACUAGUGCAUAUCUCAAGGGCCGUCAGCAGAUCACCCCGCAACAAGCCAUGGAGAACUGCGACUACAGCGGCUGGAUGAAGAAGAAGUCUUCGAGUCUUAUGACGACAUGGAAGACGCGCCUAUUCGUGCUUCGUGGCCGCCGCCUUGCCUACUACUACACGGAGAAUGAUACCGAAGAGAAAGGUCUCAUCGACAUAUCGUCGCAUCGCGUGCUACCAGCGAACAACGAGAGGAUGACAGGCCUCCAUGCGUCUCUAACAGGUGCGGCCAACUCACCUACAUCUCCGCACAAUGCCACCAUACAGACAACGGCAUCUGCGGAUAGCGCCAAAGGCAUUCCAGGUCUGGAAGAAGACGUCUCAGGCAUGUUCAUCUUCAAGCUUGUACCACCUCGUGCAGGGCUACAGAAAGGUGUCCAGUUCACCAAACCCAUUGUGCACUACUUCGCGGUCGAUAGCCUUGCCGUGGGCCGACUCUGGAUGGCUGCGCUCAUGAAAGCCACAAUCGACCGAGACGAAGCCCUUCCCUUUACAACCACCUACCAGCAAAAGACCAUCUCACUGGAAAAGGCACGCGCGAUGCGUCAACGGCCACCAAACCUCAUGGACGAAGACGGAAUCGAAGAUGCCGAAAGGAAGAGCGAGAUCUCGAAAGAGAGCAUCCAAGAAAGCACCAUUCACGAAGAAGACGAGAAGGGCCUCGCGAUAUCGGGACUUGAUGACGCGAAGGCGCUGUUGGCGUACGCCGAUAGCCCCGAGGAACACAAACACGACAGCACCGCAACGGCGAUUGCGAUGUAG